AUGAAAGUAUCUGAUGUUACAUACGUAAAUUUGGUAAGAGCCUUGAAACAUUUUCAUAUUCUUUAUUAUUCAGAAUAGAAUACGGAAAUUUUGCCACACCCGAAAGCCAUGUUUGCCACUCCCGAAAUGGGCGAAAUGUAUGUUAAAAAAUACAUCCGGUAGUCAUUUCAUUUUUACCUCACGUCUCAAAUUCCGAAAGCUACCAUUCCAAACAUAGCUUAUACUUACAGACCGUUUUAUGAAACGUAGUACAUGGAUCAGAUUAAUAAAUGUCCGUCAUGUAAUAACAAUUAACAAAGCGAUGUUAAAAAGAAGAAAACAUGUUUAAUGCGACUUAAUACUGAUUCAAGGCUUUGCCAGUCGCCUACAUGCAAUGCAUGAACCGAUUUCAGACUGCGAACAGGCUAUGCAUGCCUUAACAAUUAUAUAGUCGCCGGGUAAAAGUUCACUGCCACUGGAAUAUUCAGGGUAUGCGGAAUUUUGAAAUGGGAAGUUCUUUCACAGAUUUUGUGGAAUAAGGAAUUUUUUGUUUGCUCAUGCUUAACGGAAUAAGGAAUUAAUUUUUUUUUCUUCCAAAAUGUGACGUGAAGACGGAAUUUUUAGUUUUGACAAUCUAAUACGGAAUUUCAUGCACGUAUUCAGUUUACAACGUCUUUUGCGUAUUUGCCAAAUUACCCUUGGAAAUGUGGAUCUCAUCCUCCGAGCAUAUAUCAAUAUUAUACAUUUCAGAGCAUUGAACAACUGCAUAAUUUUAUGCAUUUAAUACUAAAUUAAUAUAUUUAUAUCAGAUAAAUUAUAUAAAGGAAUAUUCUGCAGAAUAUCAAAAAAACGUGUAACUGCAUGGGCGCGGUAUAGCGUAUGCGUCAAAAGGAUGAGCAUACACUUGAGUCACUUAUAGUUUGUAUGAGAAUGAGAUUAGCUCGUAAACGCAACUAGCUGGGUCAAUAUCUCAAGUUCAUGCACAUUGGUGACAGGAUCAUGCAUGAUCAUAAACAUGUUCGUAAACGAUCGAAUUGAUAACUGAUAAUUCUAUAGCUAUAACCGAGUCCAUCCCUUACUUUCUGUUAGAGUAUACACUGAUCAACCGUCUCGUAAUAGCGGACACCGUCAUUUGGUGUCCGCGUACUUACCGUGAUGCGAUGAAAAUACUAACCCGAUUUCAGGCUGUAAAAUGUCACUACAAUGUGUUACGGCUCCUUUCUUUUAAAAUGUCCAGUUUGUUUCAAUUUCUAUAUAGUUAACGUUUACUGAUACAUAAGUACACAAUACAAGUCAUAUACAAGUCGAAAAAUUUGCACUCCAAAAUCAAAAAUACAACGGUAACAUGAAGUGUCAAAUAUAUUUUCUUUCCUCCAUUGUAAACGUACAGUAACCAAACUGCAUGUUUUAGACAGUUUCAUUCUGUGGUGAAGUACCUCUCUAGUGUGCUGUGAUGUGAUCUUCCACUCACGGCAUUCUCGCUUACUUUAUCCGCAAGCAGAGACACUUAUACCUGACUCGUUCGCGAGUGUGGACUUGCCGAGAACUCUGAAGAUCGGGAGUACACCUUGGUAGUUUUGAAUGACAUAUUUCGUGAUGACCCUGCUUGCCUGUGUGCGUUUUUACACAGCGGCAAGAGGUGACCAACACAUGCAAAGAUGGUAAAGGCAAGGUAUGGCGAAAAUGACUAACUUAUAAACCAUAUGCAUGGGGCCACGCCAACAGUUUUCGUUUGCCAAAGCCACGUUCGAACAGUAAUAUAUCAUACAUAAUUUGUUUCCAUACUGUAACUCUAUGCCAAAAAACAUAUUAAAAAACGAAAAUUUUUUAUACCUUUGAAAGUAGAACCCGAGUCCAAUAGUGAAGCUAUAGGAUGGAGCUACUGGACGUCAAUUUCAGUCCUAGCUUUCUAUCCGUAGUUGACAAUGUUCAAACUGCUGCGUUAUUUACAUCAUUUUCACGAAUCAUGACCACGCCAACUGACUGCGUAAAACGUUCCGAAGUUGUUUGGGGUGUUUUAUGUGAAUUCACUUAGUAUUGCUGCUUUAGAGAAUUUCAGGGUUUUUUAAAAGAAAGAUAUAAGUGCAUGCUUUUAAAAUAUACUGAAUGUAAUAUGUUUUGGCUCGAAUACAAGUAAUUUUUUGUUUUCUGCUGUUUGCCGUAGUCGAUUGCCAAACUCUCUAAUAAGUUAAUAACACCGGCAAUACGGCUCACCCGUAGGCCCGUUUCACGUCACAAAACCCCGUCAUUUCACAUUCACAGGAACAAAAAUCUGAUAUUUCUCGGCGAUUCUAGGCUCACGAAAAUACCCUUUAAAAAGCGUCAUAGAUAUUUUAUACAUGAGUCGGGAGGAUGAAAACCUUUCAAAGACGACAAUGUAUUAAAACACUAGCUACCAUAAUUUAUAUGUGCCCUCAUUCAAAAUGAGAGCUGAACUGAUAAGUGGUAUCAAGAAAUUUUAUACGCGUAGUGAUUAAUAGUCUCAAUAUUUAAUAUGGAAAAAUACAAGAACAAUUGAACAGAGAAUCGAAUGAAAUUAAACAUGAGUCAUGACUGAUCAGCGGAUUUAAAAAAUUCUAGUUAACUGAAAUUCUAUAAUUUUCUUUUUUGACUAUUUCUUCGUAUUAGACUAAUUAUAGAAAUUGUUGGUCUGUAUAGUCGCAUUUCUACUUUUUUAUCUUUAACGUACUAUCUCAAACUGCAAAAUUAAUCAUAGCAUGCAGGACGUCAGAUUGCCCGGUGAGGGGGACAGACCGACUGGAUUAAAAAAUGUAUCAGUUUGUGGUAAUCUAGCUUCAACACAUAUGGCAAAAUAUUGACGUUUUUUGCUCCUUGUACCUUCAAAUUUAUUUAUUUUAUAUGAUUUCUGUGAUAUAUGAUGGUGAUGAUGAAAUAAAGAAAACGCCUGACAAUAAAGACCGAUUUUGACCAUCCUCAACAGUUGGAAGCCAUGACGUCAGGUAUGACACACAUUGUUUAUCAAUGACGUUGGCGGAAAACAUCAAAGUGCCAACUGCCAGUACAAAGAAUAUCAGUAAUGACCACACAAAAAUCUUUGUUUCCAGUGAACGUUUUGCUCCGACAAACCAACGUAAAACACCUACGUCUGAAUUAGAAAUUUAAACAUCCUGCAUACAAUUCACGUCAUUUGUAUGUUUCCUUACGUAGAUUACGCGAGUUUCCAUUGUCAAUUUCCACUUGAUAUGUCCCUUUUGGUAAAUAUUGCGGAAAUGAAUAAGUAUCGGAGCUCAAGUCGGUAGCAGGAAUGGGGAAACAAUGCCAUGAGCAGUCAGGACACAUAUAUGAGCCAGUAAACUCAAUGACUGUUUGGGAGUUACCGUUAAAACCUGCACAACUUUUGCACUUUGCACAACACAAUGCGAUCACAUGUGCCGAAAUACUGCUUUUAUUUAUCCGUUAUCAAAUUCAAACCAACAAUCUAAUAUAGGCCAACAUCCAUAUAUAUACAUACGUGUAUAUUGCCGUACUGAACAGCUAGUAUUGGCUUUUCUGUCUAUAUUUUCAUACACAACUUUAAUUCUACGUUUAGUGCCUAAUAACAAUGAAAACGUGAACGGCAUAGUUUAACUUUAAUAUCGGCUUCAGUUCAUUUUCACACUGAUAAAUUAUGGCAUGCACUGCUUCAUUCCAGUCACUUUCAGCUGAUUUUCACACAAACUGUAAUUAAAAUCUAAUUUACGAAAGUUAAAUUGCCAGAAUAAAUUAUAACUGAAGUAUAUAAUUAUGACAGUGCACCAAUUUUACUGUGGUAUGGUCGAUAAGGAGUGAUCCGAAUGCAGCUUUAAUGUAAUGAAAGUCAUAAAAGGAAUUUUACAUUUGAAACUGUCCUGUCAUUCUCUUUGGGUUUGGUUUUAUACUUUUAUUCUCCAAAUGGCAAGAAAUAUUAAGUUUCCCGUUGCUACUAUAUUUUGCUGCUAUUUACAGUUCGUGAUAUUAACUCUAUAUCUCAGCGCGUUCCAAUCCAGCCGGUCAAAACGACUACGCAUUUUAUAUAUCCGGCAGAUUGCCAAAACCAGACGACAUUCAGGUUUCGCAAGGUUUCCGGCCACAAACUAAAUUAAGAAAGAAACUUUGAUAAGACGGUAUAGGAGGUCGAGAAGGUUAAGCAACUUAAGCUUGGCACCGCGGCAUGUUCGUCAACUUGAUACAUUAUUUAACACUGUGAUUGAAAUUUUCAAAUCUUAUAGGCCAGUGGGCUACAAUGGCAUAAGGAUAAAAACGGAAAAUCGUUAUUAGAAUGAAAUGGUGCAUAUAUGUCAGCGUUCUCAUGCAGAGCGUAUUAUUUAAGAGGACUUAUGUUUGUUGGUUCAUGUUACAUACGAAAUAAAAUGGAAGUGUUAACUUAAUUAACACUCGAUAUUUUAGGAGUUUCACAUGUGUUGGUUUCUUCACUUUGUCUUUGUAUCAAUUGGCGCGCUCGUCCUACCAUGUUGCCUCACUCACCUAAAGGCAAUGAUUUUUCCUCCUCGGAAGGAUUAUAUAUACUCUAUAAUCUAAGCCGUAUUUUGCGCGGAUCAAUCUUGUCGCGGUAGGAAUAAAAAUAUCAUUGACGUUGCUUCAGGCGACACUAUAAGAUACUCAGUAACAGGAUUUGCCACUAAUAAUAUAGUUUUAUCAUAUUUCAUAAAUCUGUCGUUAGAUACAACAUAAAGGAUAUUUUUCAGGAGAAAUUUGAUUACCAAAAGAAUACUUAGAAUGAAACGCACAUUACUGUUAAACGAAUCCACUAGCAUCAAUCGCGAUUUAUGAUGGAACAUGAAAAAUGGCAUACACCAAACCAGAGUACCAAAUCGCGACCUUUCUCAGUUUAGUGGUAGCCAAACUAGUGGCAGUUAAAUUAACUGGUAGAGUGGCAAUCCGGUUUGGCAACCGGUUUGUUAAAUAAGCGAGUGAGUCGACAUUUAUAUUUGUCAACAAAAAUAUUCCCCCAAAUAGCUAUACAGCCGCUUGAUUGGGAAAUCCUUGAAAUAUAUAGCAGUAACUAAACCUAAACACCCGGAAAAUGACGAACUAUUAAACAUUCUUAUGUUGACGUCGACCAUGUUCAAUAUUAACAUAGAAUUGUACUACAUAAUGAUGUUCGAGAACAUACUAGCUCAUUAUAGAAAACGCUUUGACAUAUGGAUCAUGCGUGUGCAAGUUUACACGAACAGUCGUCGUGACGUUUGUUAUUAAUCACGAAAAUGUCUUGCCGGGAAGCGUCCAACUGGUCAGAACGAACGACAAAUAUUGCUUCACGGCGCCUUAAAAACAACACGGCUAGCGUUGAUUUUAAUUGAAAUUGUAAUGAGUGCCUUUUCGAUUGCGCUGUUUUUCUUUGGGAUUUCAAUUAGUUGUGAGCAAUCACAGCAGGCGGCCAACGAUUGGUGGACUCUACAAUCGAAUGUCAGUUGAAUUACCAGUCACUUGUCGCCUGUGUCUUUGUGGCAAGAGAGCGACCAAUCACAUCGCAAAACGCACUGACGUAUUUGGGUGUGUAUUGCGUGGGCGCAUAGAGAUUGUUCUCUUCGUUGCUCGGCUGUGAUUGGCUGCGCGCCACAACUGACAAUAGACUGCCAGGCACUUAAUGUAUCUGUCAAUCUAAGACCGCCCACUUCCGAUGAGUAAUUAUCUUAUCCACUAGCUCUAAGAAGGCCGUAUAAAUUGUUUCUACAACUAUUGCAGCUUUAGUAAUUGUGAAAGGAAGUUAGGUUCUCAAAUACGGGAAGACACCCGAGCCACAACCACGCGAUAUCCUAUCGCCUGACGUAGUAGAGAAAAUAUAUCGAAAGAAUUUCAGUACCACGAAGUUUAGCCACAAUCAUUUUCCAUUAUCAUUUGAAUUAAUCAUUAGUCAUAUUCAUACAUUCCAUCACUCGCUGUGCCUAAAGAGAGUCAUAUCAAGUUAACUGUUCACUUCGUGAUCGCAAGCUGAUAAAACCAUUCGUUGGGAAAGCAUUGGAAAUCGCAAAUCCUUUUAGAAAUCAUCACGUUUUACUCGGUAAGUUCGCUCACUUUCACUUCAUGUUUUGAAUAUUGAGAAAAUACGAGUUUACUAUUCUUGCCGCGCUGAGAUUUCGCGCACUCAUGUGCCAAGUACUGACAAGUGAUAUAUACCUGUAGUAAUAUAUAUCUAACAUUAUUACUCUUUUAGUUUUAUAGUAUUUAAAAGACAAUGUAUAUGAACGAAGCGCAAAGCGUCCCAGUCGUACCAGACGCAUCACUCUAUCCACAUGUAAGUAUACUUUCCUUUAUUUUGGUUAAAAUUCAUAUUGCUAAUCAUCCCGCGCCAUAAUCGAGCGCGCAUAACCCUAUACCAUUAAGUCCUAUACUAUAGUAUACUGAAACAUACACUCUAUGUAUAAUAUAUCUAAGUCUGUUUAUCCUCAAGAUUGCUCAAUCCCGAGCAGAAAGAAAACAAAAUUAAAACCAUUUCGCAAUCUGAUAGUUCGUUGACAUCAAAAUUGACAUCUUGGCAGAUUUAAAGAAAUUUAAGCUCGCUUAAGAAAUUUGAAUGAAUGAAUGUUAUACUGUGUAUGGUUUAACUACAAACGCUCGAUUACCAACGUUCCAUUUUUAUCUUAAAUAUAUUGACCGUAAUCUUGAAUCCGAUGUUUUGGGAUUGUUUGAAGGGCGACAAAAGUCUCCUUCCAGUCGUGUUGACGAAGCAGUCGUGAAAUAAGACACGCAUCACUUCGUAUUUUGAAUAACCCAAGCCGUUGUUUGGUUAGCGUUGACAUUGCAGCAAAAUUAAGCGGACAAAUGAUCUUCCGUGAUCCAUCGCAGUGUACGUAGGAUUACUGCUUUACAAAAGGCGAUAUUUAAUUUUAGCAACGCUUUCAUUAACCAAUAUGAGUACGUAAUCUGUUGUGUCGAUGCGUUUGAACUGUGAAUGCAAAGUGCCAAUUAGUAAUUGGUAUUCGCUUGUGUAUAGGAAUGAUUCCCCUGCGUAUUCAAAUAUGUUAUAUUCCCACGUCCACAGUUUGUGUUAAACAUCCUGGGCUUUUGUGAAUUCCGACUGUAUACCAUUUUACACUGACUUCGAUGUUCGACUUUUAGGGCUAUAAAGAUAUGUAUACAUUAUCAUAAAUAGCCAAAAUAACAUCGGUCAUCAAGCGCAAUAUUUGUAGUGUUUUAUUCAAUCUCACGCCACACGCUAAAUUUAUAGGCAUUGCCCGUAUGCCAAAGCCAGGGAUACUUCAGAAUGUAUGCGCAUACAAACUCUGUAGACCUUAGAUUUGUAAAUAAAAUAGACGCAAGUUCAAAGUAGAUCAAAAUUAGUUUUUUGGUGCUUACAAAAUUCCUACGCAUCAACAAUUAGGCCUACAGUAUAUUGUCUGAGAGAUUUAGCCGGCCGUAUACUUUUAACCUAAAUCUUUUAGCUUUCCUAAAAGUUAAAGAUACCGGUUUGAGUAUAGUAGACGUUUUAUUUAUAUUGGCUUACAUUUAAAUUUUGUAGGAUGCUCUAAUAUCUGAUGAACAGUCAUUAUUUGACUCAAACUAUGAACCAUUUAAGCCAACGAAAUCGCAGAAAGUUGAUAAUGGUUCAUGGGGAAGCAACAAGCGUUCCUUGGACAGCACCGACCGCGAUGCGCCGAGUCCUAAGCGCGCAUUUACAGCACCGAGCAGUGAGUUUCUCGAUCGAAGUUCACCCGCACCCGUCGUUCCGAAUGGUCAAGAUUUCGACAAACGUGUCAUCGUUCCCGCAGGUAUAAAUCCCACUUGUUUCACCUGUUUUACCAUACACGAUGUUUCGGCGCGAAUGACCCUAACCUCAUCUUAUACUAAAUACUAAACAUUUGAAAGUUUGUUAUAUUUUCCCUACGGUUUCCCUUGGAUAUUUCGUCAUAACUAUGCAUGUACACUUGUUAUGCCUAUAUCUAAAAUAUGAUUGUCUUUCGAGUGAAAGGAAGCGUUUUCCCUUGACAGUUUACUUAAUAAAUUCGAAUGUCAAUUUUACUUAGUUUCGUGCUGUUCAUAUAAAAUAGCCAUCAUGGCCGCCUUAUUCUGACGAAAUUAAACCACACAAUGGUCAACAAACACCCAACCAGGCUACUGUUUCUGGCAAGGAUUUUAAUUAUAUCUUUCCAUUCUGUUUUCCUACCAAAACACACCUUUAUAUUCAAACCCCAUGGGGUAAGCGUUUAUGGUUUGAAAAAUAUUAAAACCGUUUCCCCUCUUGGCCUUGCCAAACGUUUUAUAAACUUAAAAUCACAGUUCGUUGAACUGAUUGUCUGACUUUCAUGAGAAUCGCUUUCUUCGGGUUUUUUUUUACAUAGCCGUCUCUUCAGUACACUAAUUUUAUUAACUAAUUUUGUUAAGUUGAAAAUUUUAAAGAAACUUGUUACAAAAGCUGCGCUACUCGAUUUUUCACACAAUGAGAUACACAUAAUUGAAAACCUAAAUAAUAUUAAAAAUGCCCUCUUACGAUAAUUUGAAGCCAGCAUUGAAGAGCAGCGAGAGGGUUAUUAUAACUAAAUAUCACUAACCCCCUAACUUGUUUUGGAAAUCCAUUCAAUGCAAUCCAAUUUACUUAUUUUCCUAACUUAAACGAAAAACACAUGUUCUUAUGACUCGAUAUGUGAUGUGAACAACCUAGAAAUGUUUCAUUUUCAAUUUAUGUUAUUAUACAGACAGUGUAAUACAGUCGUGUGUUCUAUUUCCCCUCAGAUCCUAUGUGCUGGACCAAAGAACACGUCAAGCAAUGGAUCCAAUGGGCAAUCAAAGAAUUCAGUCUUCGCGACAUCGACGUCGACUGUUUCGAGAUGACCGGCAAGGAAUUGUGCAAGUUAACAAGAGAGGACUUCUUAAAAUUAGCACCCGCUUACAACGGAGAUAUUUUGAUGGCUCAUCUCUGUGUUUUACGAAGAAGUAAGAUCAUUAUGUAAUUGUUGGCACCCUUGGGUCUUUGCCAAGUCAUUUAGCUGUUCUGCUUCAUUGAAUAGGAUUGUCGCAAAUUCAUUUCCAUUCCAACCCUUCGGGGGAAAAAUAUUGACCAAAGCCUAUGUUAUUGCAAUAUGAGUAGCCGCACGAGUGUACCUAUAGAUUUUCCUACAGUUCAUACUUACUUUCAGAUUUUAAAUUUGUUGUCUACCAAAGUGGGUCUAUUGCGGUUAUUGCAUGUAUUGUUCAUAAAAUGAAUUCGAAUUUAAAGCGUGAAAAACGGAAAACUGAAUGUAGUUUCUCCUGAAAUUUUAACUCUUAUUGCUGAAAAUCAAUAGCGCAAUGGUGUCAUACUCGCUGUUGUUGAUGGACUCCUGUUGUGUCUACCCAUGGAGUGGCGACAAGAUUAAUAUAAACACCUGGCCAAAGGCUAUUUUAAGAUUUUAUUAUUGAAUUCCUAUGUUUUUUGUACACGCAAGUGAAUCUCGACUUUCCGACCCCGAAAACUCUUUUUCUUAGGACCCUAACACGUAAGAUGAUUAAACGUUUGUUUUUCAUUCAAUUUCAGCGCCCUUGCCAAACCUCACCUCAGAGGAUAUUGAUCGAGCAUUAGCGCCUUCCGUCGCUUCGAGCACAUCUUACGCAGGUAUGUCAAUUAAAUAUCAUUGUAUACAUCUGUUAUGGAUCCCUUUGAAAAACAUUUCAACUAUAUCAAGGUUCUUUGAGUUUGAAAACACGAAACCAUUACUCGGCGAAUGUCAUUAAUUCGUAUUUUAUUUGAACAAGUUAAGCCUCCAGCUGCGAAUCUUCUUCAAAAGGUCAUUGCGGUCAUUUGGGUGUGUUUAUCUUCACAUAUUAGGAGCCAGAUCUUUGUCGGCCUUCCGUGACCCGCAGUGCUGACACAAGAGCUUGUUGUUCGAGCUUUAGAGCUGUUUACCGCCUGCUGACGAUUCGUUUGUCAUCACGAGUUGAUUGCCUAAGUGAAUAACCAGAUAUAAAAUUCCAUUGCCCUUAUUUGCAUGCACACUGUAAUAUUAUACCGUUUUAAUUUCGACACAUGUAGUCAACUUUUGUCUUGGGCUAUAAUGUGAAAUUGAGACAUGGGGCUUGGUUACUACCUUAUGAUGAAUUAUAACUUAUACUACCAUGUUUGUUGGUUUCAAACCUCAUUCUUACAGCUCUGAACCGUUAGCUCUUUUUAACGUUUAGUUGUCGGUGGUCUUUGAAGUUUAUGAGACCCCCUCCCCUUUCUCUUCAAACCCCCACCCAAUCCCGACCCUCGCCAAAAUAUGUCGGGGUAUGACUCAUCUACUGUCAGACUUGACAUAUGAAUGUACCUUGUAUUCAAAUAUCAAAACAGUCUCGUUACUACUCUUUUAUUGAACUCGAACUCGAUACUAUAUUACCCUAUUCAAAAUAGUCGCUAUUUAACAAAUGAUAUAUAUGACAAUAUCCCCUUUAUUUUAUCCUUCAAUCAGCUUUACCGUGCUUUUACAACUUCGCAAUUAUUUUCAAUUUCUCAUUACCUUUCUUUUGUAUUCAUUUUAUUAGUUUCACAUUACAAUACAACUGCUCAUUAUGAAUCAAGGAAUUUAAUUCCCGGCAGUGGUGAGUAUUACUAACUUAUCAUGCGCACUCUUCUACUUUGUCUAAAAAAAACAAUGAGAAAAGAGGCCACUUGUGAACGCACUGUGGCUCAUAUCUUGAGUGCAUUAUAUGCGUAAUAGGCAAAAAGGGGAAGAUAGUAACAUUCUGUAUUGCUCUUUAACAUUCUGUAUUGGCUUCAGAAGCGCUUUGGCGAAUUUAAAAAUAGCAUUGUCAUGUCUUGUUUUUUAUCCGCAUGUGCUCAAUACCACAAGCGCUAGAAUAAUCUAAUUACUUCUAUGUAUUGACUUGCGCGCAUUGACUAAUUAAGAAGAGCCCUUUUGCUGAGCUUAUCAAAUUGAGCAUUAGUUACACAAUUAGUAUUUGUUUUGUGUCCUUUUCAUUUUCCAACAUGCACCAAAUAUGUACAGAAAUCACAUUCACAGUUGACGCAAAUAUAACCUGUUCUCCUUUUAUCCUUAUUUAUAGACACACCUACAUAUACUGACCGUAGUUCUACAUCGUGGCCAUCCGGUAGCCAAAAUGCUGAACGAUCGGCUGGCUCCUGGUCAUCGCAAAGUCAAAGUCAAACUAACCGUAAGUAUGAGAGUCUUUCAUAGUUCAAGGCUUAAAUCUGAGUUCUUAAAAUAUAGUCGGUGCUUUUAACCCCCCCCCCCCCACUCACACGCCACUCAUUUUAGUGCGGAAAAAACUUCUGACAACUUUAUCAAUAUAUAAUAUUCUGGUGUUUUUCUCAGGCUUAACCCACAUGAAAGAUUCUAUGGCGAUCGUACCAAGCAGAAGUAUGACAAGUUCGCCCCAGCUGCAAGGUAAACUGAGCUUUAAUUUUAUGUGUUUGACAAGAUGUCACACUCCCCCUCGUUUCUCCUUUGUGUGUCUAGUAUUUUACAAGUUUCGUAAUAUUAACAAAGCACAAAUAUUUAAGCCAGACUAAGUUUUGAAUGCUUGAAACCUAAAAUAUUUACUGACCUUUUAUUAAUUGCAUAAGAAAGCCCCGGAAAUGAAAAAAAUGUUACUUUCAUGAUUACCUAGCUAAGAGUUCGAAAUCCUCUUAUCGAAAUUUUCCCUUUAGAAAUGUAUCCUUCCAAUCACCAAAGGUUAUUCAAUACCGCUCAUUUUCUGUCGCAAAAAAGACUUUCGUGUAAACGAAACACAAAACUACUUUUCCGCUGUUUUGUUUUCGUAUUUUCGUCAGUUGCUGAAUUUAGAAAAUUCUCGUUGAGAAACCAAAACUUGUAAGACGAAAUAGAAUUGAUGUAUGUACUGAGAACGUGGGUCUAAUGUUUUCUCAUUUUUCUAAAGGUGCUUAUCCGGGUAACACGCUAGCAACAAGAGCUGAAACAAACACAGGCAGUGGUCAAAUUCAGCUGUGGCAAUUCCUUCUUGAACUUCUAUCCGAUCCUAAAAACUCUCAUUUCAUCUCGUGGGAAGGGACGAAUGGCGAAUUCAAGUUAAUCGAUCCCGAUGAAGUGGCGCGGCGCUGGGGGGAGAGGAAGAACAAGCCGAACAUGAACUAUGAUAAACUAAGUCGAGCACUACGAUACUACUACGACAAAAACAUCAUGUCGAAGAUCCAUGGCAAAAGAUACGCGUAUAAAUUCGACUUUCACGGUUUAGCCCAGCUCAAUCAACCUAUCACAUCCGACGCUCAAGCUCACGCCCAAGCUGUGUACAAGUUUCCCGGCGCAGACUUCUACCCUGGUUUCGCUAGUACGUCCUUCUAUCCAGGCGCGGCAAGCCCCGGACAAUACUGGUCAAGCCAAUACUGGGCAAGGGGGCCAACACCACAAACACAGCAUAUGUACGGUGGACCAAUACGAGGUCUACCUUACUACGCGUAA